UUCUUCUUCUUUUAUGUGUCUCCUUCCUUUUCUCUGAUUUUUUUUUGUCCUUUUUUUGGUGUUUCUGCUACUAAUUUGGUGGUGAUGAAUGAUGAUUGUUGGUUGGUAGCAUGAGUUGGUGAGAGACUUAACUGAAAAUCCCUUCUCGUUCCCAUCUUCUUCCAGAUUUGGACCAUGCGAUGAUCGCGGACGACUGCCUAGACCACCACGAAAAUCCCUAAUUGCUGUUACUUAUCGUGAGACGACUGUGAGGAGUUUGAGGAUUUGAGUAUAUUUUCAAGAUGUUGGUAUGUGGUUGUAAGAGAUCAAUUUGGGUAGCUAUCGCCAUAUUUUCAACGAAAAUGGUGUCAACGGAGAAUACUUGGAAGGCAUGUCUGAUGGGGAGGGAGGGGGGAUACUAGGAAAAUACACUGGGUAAAUUGGAAACUAGUGUGUAGAAGCAAACAAGAAGGAGGUCUAGGAGUGAAGGACAUUGGGCUUUUUAACUUGGCGCUCUUAGGUAAAUGGUGGGGUAGACUAGCAGAGGGAAAGGAGAACUUAUGGUUUAGGCUAAUUAAAUAAAAAUAUGGGUCUAGAAAAGAUAAUUGGUGUGGCUGGGUGAGGGAAGGUAAAGGUAGUGGGUUUGGAUGGUGGAGGGAUAUAUGUAGGUUGGAUGUUUUGGAAGAUAAUAGAAGAGGGUGGUUAUUGGAUGGUUAUGAGCUUAAGGUUGGCAAAGGAAAUAGUGUUAGCUUUUGGAAGGAUAGUUGGAGCAAUGCAGGAGUGCUUGCUAAUGCAUUCCCAAGAUUAUACAUGCUAUCUACAGGAAAGGAAAGCUCUAUACAGGAAAUGGGUAGCUGGAAAGGUGAAACAUGGUCGUGGAACUUUGAAUGGAGGCGAAGCUUGUUUUCUUGGGAAGCCGAAUCACUACAGGAUUUAACGCAAUGGAUCGAUAUGACUGAAUUCCUAAAAGACAAGGAGGAUACUUGGAUCUGGAAGGCGAAGAGGAAGGGAUUAUACACAACGAAAUUAGGAUACAGCAAACUUGUCCAUCAACAACCUUCAUCACAAGAAUCAUUAUUUAUAAGGUUAUGGAACAGUCACAUUCCUAACAAAGUUUGUGGGUUUGC